UUUUUUACUAUUAGAAAUUAAAAGGAACACUUGGUAUUCAGUGUAAAGCCUUUUAUAUAAAAAGUAAUGCCUGGAAUGUCCACAACUUGAAAGCUAUUGGGUUAACUGACAAUAACAUGGACAACAAUAAAGUAUAGUGUUUUUGUUUGUUUUUUAUGUGAUACAUAAUACAGAAACAAUGAUAAAACAUUGUUUAGUCCCCUAAAGCUGUGGAAAAUGUAACCUAUUUUUAGAAAGGUGUCUGUACUUUGUUAUUUCAACGUAGUUGAAAAGUCAGAGGAGCAAAUGUUAACAUAAAGUUGUAUUUUAAACCUAAAGUUCCAUUUUAAAAUUUGCGUAAAAAAGUAUAAAGUGUCAUUAAUUUGCUUAUAAGGAAACAAAAAUAACAGACAGUACAGUAAAACAAGAUAAGUUUACGAUAUUUACAGGAUGUCAGAAGAAUAAAAUGUAUGUAUUCUGUAUUAUUAUAUACAAAUGCAUGGUAAAGUGGUAAAUGGCGUACAGUACACUUAUACGGUGCUUUUCUAUUUUCUGUGAUGGCCUCAGAAAUUUUCCGGUCAAAGUUUGAUUCAUAACCGUCAAAAGAAGAAGAAAUAACUAUUUGGUUUUCUUUGUUUGACUGAUUAUUUAAAAACAAACAAACAAACAAAAUCUUUAUUUUCAAUGUGCAUCGCAACAUAAAAAUCUAGCAACUGAAUUGUUCCAAAAUGCGAUGAGCUUAUGCUAAACUGACAGGUUAAAGUGGAAAACUAUUAAGAUGACAGCGAACAAAAGCCCUCGGGGGACAGAACAAGCUGACAAGAGGAAAAAAAGGGGAGAAAAAGCAAAGACUAUUCUCACCUGAGAAAGCAGCCAAUCAAAAUUUGACAGGGGGCGUUUCUAAGGGAAGGCAUAAAGCAGGUGUGACAGGUGACAUCCUGACAUAGAGCAAGGGCAAACAUUCAAGAGAGGAGUGGAAAAGACACUCCGUUUGUAGUUUAGAGACGCCUGGAUGAAUGAACGCUAAGACGCCCACGACGGACUAACAGACAAGAAAACCAUAAAAUUGUCAAGAAUUUGCCUUAAAAAGGAAGGACGAUAAAAGUUGAGGACUAUUUGAGAGGUGAGAAGAAGUUUAACAAUGUCUUCAUUUGAGACUCAGAGCCAGUCUCCUCCUCGCUGUGGCCCACAGUUCCCAAACCUGGGUCAGGAGCCCCCCGAGCUCAGCUUGUACGGUGACUGUUACUACACGCCUCCAUCACUGCCAAGUCCUCAGCGCACAAAUCCAACUUCCUACGAACUGGCCGACUACGCCAACUCUCCACCAAAUCCAUACCUGUGGUUCAACAGUUCUGGGAUCAACUCUUCGUCCUACCUUCCCACUACUGGACCUCCUGGUAAUCCCGGUCCACCGUUUGUCCCUCAGCACUACGGUAUGCAGAGACCUUAUCUGGGUCCAGCUGGUCCUGGAGGCCCAGGAGGAGAACUGAGCUGGUUUUCUCUCCCCUCACAAGAAGAUCUGAUGAAGCUGGUCAGGCCCCCAUACUCGUACUCUGCUCUCAUUGCCAUGGCCAUCCAUGGAGCACCAGACAAGAGAUUGACACUCAGUCAGAUUUACCAGUAUGUGGCUGACAACUUCCCUUUCUACAACAAAAGUAAAGCCGGCUGGCAGAACUCCAUCAGACACAAUCUCUCACUCAAUGACUGCUUCAAAAAAGUACCCCGAGACGAGGACGAUCCAGGCAAAGGCAACUACUGGACGCUUGACCCAAACUGUGAAAAGAUGUUCGACAACGGAAACUUCCGUCGCAAAAGGAAAAGAAAGUCUGAUUCCCUCUCUGGCGGCGAUGGUGGUUCAGGUGCUCCAGAGUCGGGUGACAGUGAAAGGGGAAGCCCCAAGCACCCAGCCCUGAACAUGUCUCCAACCUCAGACAGGAUUCCCUCCCCCUCAUUGUCAGGUCCCACACCUUGCCUGAGCAGCUUUUUAUCUGAGAUGUCUACAGUUUCUGCUGGAGCAACAAAUGAGGUCGGGGGUGACGGGUUAAACCGGCCGCUGCAGAUCAACCUUCCCUUAGAUGGUUCUCAUAGAUCCACACAGCCGGGGAGCUUUAACAGUUACUCCCCCAACCCAAGUGGGCCAGAGUGGGUGCCACAGGUGCCGCCCCCACCUGUGCUCACUUCUUCACCCAACCACUCAUCUCUAGGCUACUCCAGUCCCAUCCUCAGCCAGUACAGCGGUUCCAGCGGGCAUUUCUAUCCAUCCCUGAGCUCAGCGGGAAUAAUCUAUCAGCGUGACGGUACAGAAGUUUAAGAAGACGUGAUGGGGAGGAAAGCUGUUUGAAGAGACUGUUGAGAGGAAGCUUCACCUGGUGGGUGAAAAAAGUAUGUUUGCGCUGACAGAGACAGUUGAGAUCACUAAAGCGUGUGACAGCAGAGUCAAAAACUCUUGGAUUCCCACAGGAACAGCUGAGUCAGCCUUGGAUCGAGACUCCGUGGAAGCGCAGUUUUCCUCACUAUCAGAUCCUGCGUCAGCUUUUACUCCAACUGGAGCUCUUUCAGAUCUUAUUCAUUGUUAGCAGAUCCCAGAUCUGAUCUGCUGACUCCAGGCUAUUCCACGCCGCUAUCUGAUUCUCCGAUAAAAUCCCCCUCACAACGCAGAGACAGCACAUUUAUUGGAGUAGUUAAAUUACACUUUUGUCAACAAUGCCUUUUUGCUAAGGUAACAGAACAAACAAAAGUGAAAGCAGACUGUUUGUCUAUGCUGGGGGAAAAAAAAUAGAACUUUUUUUUCCAGUCUUGUGGUGUUGAACAUGUGGGGUAAUUGUUAUAUGUUGUGGAUCCGCAUACACUAUCACUGGUUUGUUAGCAUAACUUUUAUUGUACAAAAUUAAUUUGUAAAGUGUGCUACGUGGUGUUUUUAAUAUGAAUAAAAGGUUUUGGAGUACUACUUCCUAUAUGACAGCA